UAAUAUUUAAUUGUACCAAGUACAACACAACAAGACUAAGCUACCCAUCGCUAAGGAAAUAUAAUAAAUUCUUCGAAAAAGAACAAAUUAGCUCAUACUAAACAUUAAUCGAGUUCAUCGACAAAAUUUGAGUAAAACUGUAACAAGUUACAUAUCUCGACGUGGCGAUUUCCACAUUGUAAAGGCGGGCGGCCAAAUAAUCCCCCUCUACCCCAACAUAAAACCUCAAAAAAAAAAAAAUAAUAAUAAAAAAUGAAUAUAAAUAAUAAAUAAACAUAUUAUGUGCGUAAGGCAACCGCUCGUGACCGUGGUGCGUUGUGGACUCCACAGCUAUGCCAGCGGACUGAAGUUGCAGCAACUUUUGGCGAAGUCUACACAAAACUUGGACGAUUUCGCUGAAUUUCGCAAUUACAUUGUUCUCCAGGAGCACGAUCCUGUAUACACAAUAGGCAUUCGGACCAAGAACUAUACAAAAGAGGACGAAGAUCGGCUGCGAAAAUUGGGAGCAGAGUUCCAUCGUACGGAUCGUGGGGGUUUGAUCACUUUCCAUGGGCCUGGCCAGCUGGUCGCGUACCCCAUACUACACCUGCGGCAAUUCAAGCCGAGCAUCCGCUGGUAUGUAGCCUCCCUGGAGCGCACGGUGAUAGAGACAUGUCGGCAGCUUGGUAUUCCAGAUGCUACGACUACCCAGGACACAGGCAUUUGGGUGGGCGACCACAAGAUUUGUGCCAUUGGCGUGCACGGCUCUCGUUAUGUCACCACCCAUGGAAUUGGCUUGAAUUGCUGCACUGAUCUGAAAUGGUUUGAACACAUCAUCCCCUGUGGUAUCGAGGGCAAAGGUGUCACCUCUCUCAGCAAACAGCUCGGCAGGCAUAUCGGCAUCCCGGAGGCCACUAACGCCUUUCUCAGCAGUUUUGCCAACAUUUUCAAGUGUCGUCUAGCGGAGCAGGCAGAUGCAGUGACACGGGACAUAAAAUAGCAGAUUGUGAUACAAAUAAAAAAGAAAAAAUAUCUCAUAAAUGUUU